AUGUCAGCAACAUUGGAUACAGAAUUGCUAUACAAUUACUUCUCAAAAGGUUUUCGAAAUUUAUGUGGCAAACUAGAAAUUGGCGGACAUGCUUAUUCAAUAGAAGAUACGUAUCUUGAUGAUGAUGUUGAAAACUAUGUCCAAGCAUCAGUUGCAAAAGCAGUUGCAAUCCAUCGGAGUGAAGCGAUUGGUGAUAUCCUUGUUUUCUUAACUGGUCAAGAGGAAAUUGAUUUAGCUAUAAAUGAAUUAAAUCAAAAACUCGUGAACAAUAAACCGUAUAAAGCUCUACCGUUACAUGGAAAAUUAUUUGAAGACGAGAUCAAAGAUAUUUUUGAGAAGAUACCGAAUAAACGAAUUGAUAACAUCGAAUCAUUUCAAUGGCUGGAACCACCAUGUGCUUCUAAUCUUCAAGAAGCUAAUCAAACUUUGAUUUGGCUGAAUGCUCUUGAUGAUCAGGAUAAAUUAACAGAUCUUGGACAAAAUAUGGCUCAUCUAAGUAUUGAUCCGAAACUAACAGCUAUGCUUUAUAAAGCUAAGGAAUUGCAGUGUUUAUCUCAAAUAUUGAUCAUAGCUGGCAUGCUAACGGUAUCACAAAAUAUCUGGUGGAGAGGCAAGGGACAUGAGGCUAAGCGGAUGGCAAUAGCAGCGCGAAGAAACUUUAGUCAUGAGAGUGGUGAUCAUAUGACACUGCUAAUUGUCUAUUGGCAAUGGAGAGAUUUUGGUGAUGAUAAGAAAAAGGAACAGUACGAUUGGUGCAGAAACCAUUUUGUCAAUGCAAAAAGUUUAAAACUUGCAAACGAUUUUAUAGAAGAGAUUUCAAAACAAAUGGAUCAUGAAAUGACAAUUGACAAAGACUUGAAUCAAGAUUUGAUACAUCGAAUCCUACAAUGUCUUACAGCCGGUUUUUUUCAACAUUUAGCCGUCUCAAACGGUCCACUACGAGCAGGAUAUCGAGUAAUUUCUGCAUUUUCAUCAACGUCAACAAAGCCACUGAUAGCACGUGUUUCGCAAAUGUCAGCGCUAUCAAUCAAUGAUCAAAUGCCACAAUACAUUCUUUAUAAUGAGUUAGUGAAUUUGAAUGGAAUCAAUUAUAUAACGACGUUAUCUAAACUAGAUCCUGAUUGGUUACACUCAGUUUCACAACAAUGGCAAGACACUGUACAAAUUAGUUGUCUACACAGAAUAGCCUAUGAAAGUUUUACAUUUACAGAGUUUACAGUAGCUGUGAUAAGAGCUGUUGUCGGUAAACGUAACUGUAAAUUAAAUAUGAUCAAUGAAGCUAUUCAAGGUGUAAUUGAAGCAAAUUAUAAUGACACAGAACUAACAAUAUGGUGUCAAAAAUCGAAUUUAGACAGUGCAAAAAAAACUAUUAAAGAUAUGGCAGAAAAAGAAAAACAAAAGUUGUCAGAUGAACAAGAGGAAAUUCAAAUUGUAGUUCGUGGCAUAUCUUUUUUACAACAAACAAGUAACGGUGUCUGCGCUGCUGUUACAUACACUACUCCAAAUCAGGCACACAAUGCACUCAAACAACUUAAUUGCCAUAUUGAGGAAAACCGUAGAAUAACUGUUGGGGGUUCUUAUCUUAAGUCCGACGCACUUAUUGGUAAACAAGAUUCUUCUCUGAAAGCAAUUUGGUAUUUAACACCUUCAUUGGGAAAUGGAAAAAUUAUUUUUACAGAUAAAAACAAUGCACUUAACGCAUAUCGUUUUUUGAAAAACUCGUACUAUCACUGUCGUUACGAAGGACCAGAUGAUUUACCAGAGAUAGAAAUCAUUUAUUAUCGUGGAUCCAUCAUACGUGGAGAAGUUAAGUUUCAGACUAAAGAACAGAUGCAAGCUGCUGUUCAACAAAUGAAAGAUAAAAAAAUGGGAUCUACUAAACUAACUUAUGCCAGAGGACAAGAUGCUAAGGACGUUCCAUUCAUUAAAGUUACAGGAUUACCGACCGAGGCCGAUGAAGAAGACAUUCGCAACCAUUUUCAGUCCUGUGCAGGUGUCGUAGACGUAAUUGUAGUGCGAAAACCAAAUUCGAAGAAAUUCGAUAUAGAAAACGCCAAAGACCAAAUACGAGAACUGUUUAAGGAAUACAAAUCAUUUCAGGAUGAUUCCAUAAAUAUUAAAAACUUUCCACAGGAAACAACGAUAGCUUACGCUACAUUUGCAGAUGAAGAUGAAUUACGACUAGCAAUUCACACAAUGAACGGGAAAACGGAUUGUAUAGGAUGUGGCAAAGUGAGAUUAUCAGGACAUGUAAAGAAGAAGAAACAGAAUGAAUAUGCUGUUCGUUUACAAGUACUUGAUCAAUCUGUGGACAAAUAUGACAUAAUUAAAAUUUUGAAACAAAACCAGUUAUAUAAUUAUGCAAAAAAUAUUAUCGUCUAUCGUCAAAAGUUAAAAAAAGACACUAUGGCUAUUACUACUCAAGAACAAGAGAUUGGUCUUGCUGCACUUCGAAAGAAAUUCGGGGACAACAAAGAUUUUCACUCUACACCUACUUAUCAUAUUUAUCCACCAACAUCAGAUGGCGUCGUUACAGCAUCUGUUUUUUUUGAUAAUCCUGUAGACGUUGCAACUGCCAUUCAAGCGUACAAUAAUACUAAAAUUCAAUUGUCUAAAAGUGCAAGUAAUUUACGUUUAAUUCCAUCAAUGGCGCAUGAAAUCCUUGUACAUUCAGCACUAGCAAAAGCAAUACCAAAUCAGAUUCGAGAGGCUAUUAAAUGUAUCAAAAAAGAAUUUCACAACAAAGUCUAUAUAAAAUUCGAAACAUCGGAGACAGAUAUAGCUAAAAUGAAAAUUACCGUCGAUGGUGAUGAUAUCGAACAGAUUAAAAUGGCGAAAAUCAAAUUUGAGAAUAUUAUGAAGGGUACUGAGUAUAUAAUAAAAGAUGACCCAGAGAAAAUACAAAUUAUUUUUGAUGGAACAGGAAAAGAUGUGUUACAAAGAAUACAAAAAGAAACUGGCAGUUACAUAUGGUGGAGCGUUCCGAAUUCAUUUGUUCGAAUUUAUGGUGAUGAUCAGACUUGUACAUUGGUUAAAGAAAAAAUAGACGAGUAUAUUCAGUAUGCGCGGGCAAACAAAAAAUAUACAGUUAUGUUAGAUAUUCCAACAGAUUGUAUGAGUCAGACUUGGAAACUAAUAUCAACUGAUCAAGUAUUGACAGAGAACAGGAACAAGGUUGACAUUUCUUUUUUACCCAUACCACAUCGUCAAAUACGACUUAGUGGUGCACAGGAUAAAGUUAUAGAAUGUGAAAAUAUGAUUAAGAAGUGUUGGGAAACUAUAUCAACAUCGUUACUGCAGAGUAGUGGUCAGUCUUCUUCAAAGUCAACGACAGCUUGUUUAAUUUGUUUGGAUGAAUCAACUUAUACUCUACAAGCUUGCGGACAUCCUUACUGUCACGGAUGUCUAAAAUAUUAUUUGUCACAAACAUUUUGUGGUGUAACAGUUAAAAUUAAAUGUCCAGUGGAUCAAUGCAAUUUUAUGUUGUUACUUCGUGACAUAAAAACUAUAUUAGAUCCAAAUGAUAUGAGAAAGUUAGCUAAUGCGUCAUUUGAUGCCUAUGUAAAAACAGAUGAAGACUUAGUUCGCUGUCCGGGAGAUAAAGAACAAGUUUUUCGUAAGUCUAAACAUUCGCUAUAUUUUACAUGUGACCAUUGCUCAAAAACAUACUGUGUUAAAUGUGAAGAGGAAUACCAUGUGGGUUGGACAUGUGAACAAUAUAAAGCAUUCGGAACUGGUGACGCGAAACAACAGUUAGCAUCUAACAUAGGUAUGAAACUGAAUGAACUUGCAUGA